AUAUGAUUAUCAAUCAUGAGAUAUUGCAGCCCCCUGGUCGCCCGGUUCUACACCCACGCUUACCUUGCUCCUGUGUGGACUAGCUGUGAUCCUGCAAUUGCGUCGGUGUGUUGCUAUGAGAAUCACGUGAAGGCGAUUUGGCAACCGUCGCUCUCCGCUUGCGGGCGCCGCCGCGUCCCCUCCGCCAGUGUGCGAGCAGGCAGGUUGUGUGAAAGUGCGUGUGAGGUCUCGCCGAGGAAACUUUUCUAUUUUCGACUCUUUUUAAGGCGAGCGCAAUGUCAGGGCAGCCGACGCAAGUGGUCGUGGCCACGGAGACACUCCCUCCCGGCACCUGCACCGUCUGCAGGAGAGGCAAGAUCAAGAACAAGGCCUCGUGCUGCACCUGGAUCACGUGCCUGUUGCUGCUUCCGGUGGGCAUCAUCCCGGGCAUCAUCGCCUUCUGCUGCUGCUGCCGGGAACCCAAGUGCACCCACUGCGGCUACACGCCCUAGUCCGCCCUAGUCUCCCCCCUCCCCCCUUCGCAGACGCCUUUCACAUAGGCUUUCCACGCGUACGGUUUCCUCAAGGCUGGAAUGAAGCUUAAGUGCGGUUCGUGAAAGUCAUCGCGGGGCGAGAAAAAAAAGGCACCUGGUUGACGUUUUCUUUACAUUUGAGA